CGCUUCAUCAACCAACUUCGAUAGCCGCACGGUCACCUUUUCCUUUGCCAUAUUCAAGUCGCGUUUCGCACGUCAGCCUCAUUCCUCCACAGGCAAACACGCGAUACAGCGCACCAAAGUUAGAGUCAGCUAGCCUUCCUAUCCAUCGCGCGGAACUUGAUCGACCUACUAUCGAUCGCUGCCCUGCCUUCUACUGCUGAUCCUAACGAUCCGAUUGUCAGUCAGCUACUCACUUUCACAUCAAACUCAAACCAAACAAAAACGAACACCUUCAAGAUGUCUGGAAAGCUUGACAAGUCUCUCGAUGAGAUCAUCUCCACUCAGCGCCGUUCCUCCGUCAGAGGCCGUGGUACCCGCCGCACUCGUCGCCCUGGUGCCAGCAAGCCUGUCGCUGUUGCCCCAGUCGGUGGAAUCAAGAAGAACCCAAGACAAGCCAAGGGUGCUGCCAAGGCAGUCCCAACUGGUCCAUCAGGAGGAAAUACCGAGGGCAGAAUUCUUGUUAGCGGAUUCCCCAAGGACAUCACCGAGCCCAUGAUUAAGGAGUACUUCGGCAAGACCAUUGGACCAGUCAAGAGAGUCGAACUUUCAUAUGGACCGGGAGGACAGAGUCGUGGCAUUGCAACCAUCAUGUUUGCUCGUUCCGAGAUGGCUACUAAGGCUGUCAACACUUGCAAUGGCAUCCCCGUUGAUGGCAAGCCUAUCAAGGUUGAGAUGAUCAUUGAUGCCAACCUGGCCAAGGCUAUCCCAGCUCCAAAGGGUCUGAGCGAGCGCAUUACACAGCCAAAAUCUCAACCCAAGUCGGCCGCCAACACGAAGAAGACCGAGACCGCAACCCGGGGAAAGGCUGCUCGUGGCCGUGGAGGAAAGGCAGCUCGCAAUGCACGCCCCGCCAAGAAGACUGCCGAAGAGCUUGACUCUGAGAUGGUUGACUACUGGAACAACGGUGCUGCAGCUACUGAGGGUGAAGGUGCUGCCAAUGGUGCUGGUCAGGCUGCUGCUAAUGGCGAUGCCAACAUGGACGAUGAUAUUUUGUGAGCAUUUCACCCCACAAAAGAGUGUUAUGAGGAACGGGAACAAGAACGGUAUCUCACACUUUACCUGGUGAAAAAUCGCAACAACACUUCUCUUCCGACAUUGAGAUUACUGUCUUUGUAUUACUGCGAUCGUCUCCAAAUCUCGCUAUGAAGGAGGCUUUUUACAUUGGGAUGGGUGUGGGGGAUAAUACUUCGCACUGCAACGGCCAUUGACGCCAAAUCCAGACUGUACCAGGAAUCGCAUAGGGGCGUUACUUGCAGCAGAAUGCAUCAUAGUCAUUGCACAAAUUCAAGUCCACAUCAAGGCCAGGAGUGAGACUGUCAUUUGGUUGUG